ACGGCGUGGCCAUUUAAUAGAAGAAUUUAGUUAAAACCUUAGACACAGAGCUCCCUCCACUCAAGCAUGGCUUCUUCCUCCGUCAAGGGAAACACCAGGCUGUCCAUUGCCAUGGAGAGAACUGGACAAUGGGUUUUUUCUCAAGAUAUUCCGACGGAUGUCGUGGUUGCAGUCGGCGAAGCUCAUUUUUCUCUUCACAAGUUCAUGUUGGUAGCGAAGAGUAACUUUAUACGGAAAUUGAUUGUGGAAUCCACGGAGGCGGACCUUACGCGGAUCGAUCUGACGGAUAUUCCUGGCGGUGCUGAGAUUUUUGAGAAGGCAGCGAAGUUCUGUUAUGGUGUGAACUUCGAAAUUACGGUACACAACGUUGCAGCUCUACGAUGUGCUGCGGAGUAUCUACAAAUGACGGAUAAGUACUGCGACAACAACCUCGCCGGACGGACGGAAGAUUUCCUCUCACAGGUGGCUCUCUCAAGUCUGUCUGGAGCGGUAGCGGUGCUAAAGUCUUGUUACCAUCUCCUUCCCAUGGCUGAAGAUCUUUAUAUUGUUCAGAAAUGUGUGGAAGUUAUUAGUUCUAAGGCCUGUAACGAGGCAAACUAUCCGAGUCGGUCGCCUCCAAAUUGGUGGACGGAGGAGCUAUCCGUUCUUGACAUCGGAUUCUUCGGCAAAAUCAUGGCUGCGAUGAAGAACCGUGGUGCGAAAACGUUAACUCUCUCAGGUGCUCUGAUUACAUACGCUGAGAGAUCGCUACGGGAUCUAGUCCGCGACCACUCCGGAAGUGGACUCAGAUCGGGCGAUUUCAGUGAAUCAGACGGAAGUAGCAGGCAACGGGAGCUACUGGAAUCGAUUGUCGGUCUUUUGCCCUCUGAGAAAGCCGCUUUCCCUAUUCACUUCCUCUGCUGCCUUCUCCGAUCUGCGAUUUACCUUAAAACCCCAUCUCCCUGCAAGAACGAGCUUGAGAAGAGGAUUUCGAUGAUUCUAGAACACGUGACAGUAGACGAUCUUCUGGUUUUAUCAUUCACCUACGACGGGGAGAGGCUUUUCGACCUGGAAAGCGUAAGGAGGAUAAUCUCUGGUUUUGUGGAAAGGGAGAAGAGCGUGGCUGUCUUCAACGCCGGCGAUUACAAGGACGUUGCUUCCGUUUCCCUCCAGAGAGUGGCCAAGACCGUAGACGCCUACCUCGGCGAGAUCGCCACCUAUCCCGAACUCAUCAUAUCAAAAUUUAACGGCAUAGCCAAUAUCAUCCCCAAAGUCGCACGAAAGGUCGACGAUGAUCUAUACCGAGCCAUUGAUAUCUAUCUCAAGGCACACCCCAAUCUUGAUGAGAUCGAACGGGAGAAGGUAUGCAGUGUGAUGGAUCCAUUGAAGCUGUCCUACGAAGCGCGGGUACACGCCUCCCAGAACAAGCGAUUGCCAGUGCAGAUAGUCCUCCAUGCGCUCUACUACGACCAGCUGAAGCUAAGAAGCGGCAUGGACGACCGGAGCACCCAAGACGCUGCCACGACAAGGACUCAAGUUCAGGCAGACGUGUCUCUGGUGAAAGAGAACGAGGCUUUGAGGUCGGAAUUAACGAAGAUGAAGCUCUACAUAUCCGAUAUGCAGAAGAAUUCUCAUGGAACAUCUUCCAUGAAGGCACCCUCCAGAAGCAAGGGCACCUUCUUCUCCUCUGUAUCCAAAACGCUCGGGAAACUAAACCCCUUCCGCCAUGGCUCCAAGGACACUUCUAACAUAGACGACGGCGUCGACAUUACCAAGCCCAGAAGAAGAAGGUUCUCUAUAUCCUAAAUCAUCUCUCUCUAUAUAUAUAUUAUACAUAUUCCCCAUGCUGUUUAGGGAAAGACAAAUCCGUUUAUGCUUAUUUGUGAGAUUGAUUUCUUCAUCUUUGAUUCUGCUUACUGUUCGUUUGUAUAAAGCUGAUUCCUUCUGCUUCUUUUCAAGUUCAUGUUUCGAAUGUGUGUUGUGAACUAUACAAAUUGUAGCAAUUAAAAGCCACGGUUUAGUAAGAUUCCUGUUAUUUUAUCAA